AUUGUUAAAAAUUAAAACUGAAAAGAGAACAAAGAGAAAGGAAGAAAUACAAUGGGGUUUCCAUUUUCUUGCAAAAGAAGAUCCAGUGAGCCUUCCUUGCUGUAUAUUUCUAUUUAUAUAGCCUUUUAAACCUCCACUUGUCUCAGACAAGCAAUUAUUCACUACCCAUUUAUCUUCUUCACCUCCAUUUUUGCAUAACACCAGAACCCCACCUCUCCUAGAAACUCAGACUACAGAUAAUACCAUUUAUUAUCAAUAUCCACAGCUCAUUGUUCCAAAAAGGAAGAUAGUUGAAAAAGAAGAGAGAUAUGGGGAGAGGAAGAGUGGAGCUGAAGAGGAUAGAAAACAAGAUCAACAGACAGGUGACCUUCUCUAAGAGAAGAAAUGGUUUGCUCAAGAAAGCUUAUGAGCUUUCUGUGCUUUGUGAUGCUGAGGUCGCCCUUAUCAUCUUCUCUAGUCGUGGCAAGCUCUACGAGUUUGGCAGUGCUGGUAUGACCAAGACCCUUGAGCGAUACCAACGUUGCUGCUUUACUCCUCAAGACAACAGCCUUGAACGUGAAACGCAGAGUUGGUACCAAGAGGUGACCAAGUUAAAGGCAAAAUAUGAAUCACUGCAACGCACUCAAAGGCAUUUGCUUGGAGAAGAUCUUGGACCAUUGAAUGUGAAAGAGCUUCAAAACCUUGAGAAGCAGCUUGAAGGAGCUCUUGCACUGGCUAGACAAAGAAAGACACAGAUUAUGAUAGAGCAAAUGGAAGACCUACGCAAAAAGGAGCGUCAGCUUGGAGACCUUAACAAACAGCUCAAACUCAGGCUUGAGGCAGAAGGUCAAAGCCUCAAAACAAUCCAAGGCUUGUGGAGUUCCAGUGCAGCUGCUGAGAAUAGCAGCUUUCCUCUGCAUCCUUCUCACGCCAACCCUAUGGAAUGUGAUCCUGAACCUGUUUUACAAAUAGGGUACCAUCACUUUGUUCAGGCUGAAGGAUCUUCAGUCCCCAAAAGCAUGGCUGGUGAGACCAACUUCAUCCAUGGAUGGGUCAUUUGAGCUAGCCCUCUCUAAAGCAAAGACAUAACUAUAAUAUAUAUAUAUAUAUAUAUAUAUAUUAUGAUUUUGUUUCUUGUUUAUUGUAUUGGGAUCUGUAAUGUUGCCAACAUAUAUAUAUAGAUGCCUGCUCAAGUGUACAACAUAAAAAUGCUUGGAUUUUAAGGGAGCAUUCCUCCUCUACCUGGAUACUGUUCACUAUAUAUAUAUACCUUGUUAGUAUUGUAUUUCAGGCACAAGACCCAUUUGAGCUGUCAAAAUUAUAUAUGUAGCACCAGUAUGUUCGAUAUUUAAUUCAAUUACAGUGCAAUAAUUCUAAA